AUAAUACCAAGCAGGCGUUUCCACGAGUUUUUGUGAGCGUUAUAAUAGUAUAAAUUGAUAAAGCGGUAGCCGAAACCCAUCUAUAGUUGAUUUAAACCUGUAUUGGAGACGAACUCUACUGACAAUGAAACUGGCAAUGUUGUCCUGGAUGACUUGGGCGAUGCUUUGGUGCAUCGCCGAGGCUCAAGUUCCAGGUCAACCCGAGGCUAUGGGUGCCGCCCAAGGGGGCUUGGGCGCAGCGGCGGGGGCGGGUGGACAAUUUGGAGCUCACGGCGGUGGAGCGGCUAAAGCCGUUGAGGACGGACCUGGAGCUGGGAUGGACGUCGGCAUUGGAGCGGGCGCCGAGGUGGGUGCCAGAGCACGUGCCGGAGGCGCUGGACGUAGACGAUAGGGACGGCUCUUAUAUUGGACAUUUCUUAAUUUUGCUUUUCUAUUUGUUCUGUCCGUUUACAUAUUUGCAUUGGGAAUACCACCUA